ACGCUGUUACGCAGAGGGCAGUCUCACCUGCUGAAACGCUUGCGAGCGCACUUCGCCAUUCAGCACCACAGAGCCCUCUUUCAGCGCUCACUUCCAAUUAAUACCCAAGCCUGCGAGGUCAGCGCUUUAUUAUUAUUGUUGUUGUUUUUUUCAUCUGUUCUUCCCUUCCUUCUGGUGUCAGCCAGUUGUUUCUGUUUUUGAGGAACUCGAUUAUUUUGCCAUGUCUCCUGCGUAUGGAUUGCCUCUGCCAGAGUAGGCGAACAAAGCGCAUCAAGUCUCUCCAGAGAGCUGCUUCCUCUCAGAAUCGCGGAUUUUGGUCAGUGAGUAAACUUCUCUGGAUAUUCGUCACCCAUCGACGACGGGUUUUCCUCGCUUCCCUGCUUUGUAAUUCACUUGGAUAGAGAGCGCUGUUAAAGAUGGAUAGGCUCAGCUUUUUCUCAGCCAGACGGAUUGGCAUUUAAUUUAGGAAACACCCGAUCCAACUGAUGGACAGAAAUAAUGGCAUGAUUUCGGACAGCAUUGGACGCGUUGUUGGUUUCCUUGGAGUUUAAUUAAACAGAACAAUCCUGUAAGAGCGCCUGUUUUAUUUCCCAAGACUCAUAAAAAACUACUACUUCUAGCGAGGUCAUCGUUGAAAUAAAGGUAUGGAGCACACUGGGAUCGAGGAGGUGAACCAGACGCACCAGCAGCAGCAUGAGCCCAUCAGCUUCGGAAUUGACCAAAUCCUCAACAGCUCGGACCAGUCCAGCGGCUGCAUGCUGCCCAACCGGACUGGAGACCCGGAUUACGCGCUGGCCCCCAACGUCUACAGCAACGGCUACAACAGCGUCUACAACCCGGCCUGCUCCUACAACGUCAACAUGAACAUGAACGUCAGCAUGAACAUGAACGUGAAUGUGAACUCCGGGAACUCGGGCGGGGUGAUCCGUGUGCCGGCGCACAGACCCAUGCCGCCUCCGCCUCCACCGUCAGCGGCCGCCGCGCCUCAUCCGCCCCCCGGAAUCCCCGCGGUGGCCGGGAUGGGGAUGGGGAAUCCGGCCAACUUCACCUUUCCGUGGAUGGAGAGCAGUAGGAGGUUUGCCAAGGACAGACUAACAGGGGAGGAGGCAGAGGAGAACCGAGCUGGGGAGGCCACAGGGGGGCCGGAGGCUGCCGGGUCCCUCUGUCCUCUCCCCAAGGGAGACAUCGGGAGGGUCCCUGUCUGGAGCACGGUGGAGACAUUAGCUAAAUGCUAUUAUCCUGAGCUUGCUCACCUGAGGGACAGCAAUGGUCUUCUGGCAGACUAUCCUUUUCCAAAGGGGGCUUGCCCAGCCGCCCUCUCACCUUUCUCUGUAACCCGCCGCAUCGGCCACCCGUACCAGAACCGGACGCCGCCCAAGAGAAAAAAGCCCCGCACCUCUUUCAGCCGGGUGCAGAUCUGCGAGUUGGAGAAACGCUUCCAUCGACAGAAGUACCUGGCGUCGGCUGAGCGUGCCACUCUGGCGAAAGCCCUGAAGAUGACGGAUGCACAAGUCAAGACCUGGUUUCAGAACAGGCGGACAAAAUGGCGGAGACAAACUGCCGAGGAAAGAGAGGCGGAGAGGCAGCAGGCCAACCGGCUGAUGUUGCAGCUUCAGCAGGAAGCUUUCCAGAAGACGUUGAGCCAGCCGCUGCAGCCAGAUCCCCUCUGCCUGCAUAAUUCCUCCCUCUACGCUCUGCAGAACUUGCAGCCUUGGGCAGAAGACAAUAAGCUGUCGGUCUAACAGAGAAGAGGGCACUUUCCCCACUAAGUGCCAGGAAACAAACGGACAUCUCUGUACAUGCCCAACUACCAAGACUGCCCCUCCCCCCAACACUCCUGUACAAGGCGGCAGGAGGCUCAUUGCCAUUGAUGGAACAUAUACAGCCUCCGAUUUUUUUCUUUUUUUUUUUUUCGCUUAUGACUUUAUACAAUGUAGUAAAAUGCAUGUUUCAAUCCUUUUCUGUGUGCACUCAGAGGAACCGCUGAAGUCAGCUGCGGUCGAGGUGGACCUCCUCCCCAGCUGCAGUGCUCGAGUGGUAGUGGAUUGGCCCCGAUAAUGGAUUCCUCAUUAUGUUAAAAACAAAAGUGUUUUAUAUUAAAAGAUAUUGUGACUUUUUUGAAACAAUGACAAACAUCUCUCCUUCUCUCGCCUCUCUGUCAUUUGUUGGGUUAUUUCAGCGAUUGGCUGUUUGUUUAUUUGUGGCCAUUAUGAAAAAAGAUGCAAUAAUGCUUUAUGAUUUUAGGGAGCAGCUUUUCUCAUGGGGUUUCCUUGUGAUUACGCAUUAAAGUUUCAAACCACCCAAAGGUAAGAUGCCACAGACCUGCAUCUGAGAGGGAGCACGGUAGCUAUUUUUUAAUCCAUAAAAACUGAUGACUACAGCUCCCAUGUGUGCACGUGGAGCAGGGCGGUGCCAAACGACAGUAUGAAGAACCCUCCAUGGAUGAAUUAAAGUUUGAAAUCAAUACCAGCACAAGCUAAGACACGGGCCU